UUAAGCUUCGUUUCUAUUUCCGGGUUCUCGGAUUUUCGCUUCAUCUGGGCUGAACGGGGACUGGCUUAGGUAAACACCAACCACCACCUGCUCUGACCGCGCAUUGCCCAACUUGACGGCUUUGUGUCUUAUCAGGUAUCGGCUUUCCAUACAUUGUUGUCCUCUGAAAUACAAGGCAGGCCAUCUGAUUCCGAGUUCCGAUCUCAACUCUUGCUUUGACGAUCUUCUCAAGAUAGCCAUCGAACGGCACUUGUUCUCUGCCCUGUUCCAGCACACGACGUCACUCACCUGAUAUGGCUACCGAGGGAAUACGAACGGCUUCGGAAGCCAAUGAUGCGCUUGGGGCUGAGGAGAAGAAUGGUCCUACCAAGGAUGUUGAGUCACAGCAGAGAAGUCCUCGAGUGACUGAUGAACCGAAGCCUGAUGAGAAAUUUGCUGCUCUCGGAGAAACAGAGGCAUUGCAACCGCCAGCAACGGAAGAUAGUAAUGGGCCGAAAACUGGUGAAAAGAGGCCGAUCAAUGGAAGCGAUAACUCAGGGAAUGGAAAUAAGGAUGGCGAGCAAAGUGGUGAAUCUUCAGAAAAGAAGCAGAAGGCUGAGCAACCCUCCGAAGCAGAAUAUCGACCAGUCGAUCCCUCUGCAUCUAAUGACGGAGAGAAGAAAAAGCAGCCUGGUCGGCCAACGAAACUGAAGGAUGCCUCAAAGAAGCCAACCCCACGCUCCACGGAAGGGAUUGGAAGCCGGACGAGGAGCCGGACCAAGGCAACGUGACGGCGAGACUGUUUAAAACCGGCUUCCUCCUUCGUUACAAAGCAGUCGAGUCCAUCGGAUUCCUGGACUUUUUUUUCCCUUUCCCUCUCUUCCCCAAGUCAGCUCGUUCUUCCUCUAUCCUAGAAACCCGAGCCUGGCUCUUUACGAACAGACAUCACCCGCUCGGUCCAUUCUACCUACCACAAUAGCCAAAUCUAGAGUCUGUGGACGCACAGGUCUAGUUGUCUAAUCUGUCGAUC